AGGCCACUGAAUGGUUUUAUACUCAAACAUCCAGCAAGUGCUACAAAGAGGAAGAUAUUCUAAAGAAUCAACCAAGUUCUCUGUGAGGCCAGAGGUCUUAAGCACAGAAAAAAGAAAUGAAGCACAUUAUCCAUGCAAGUGGAAAUGUCAAUGGCACAGCAAGAAACAAUUCAGAUUGCCCCCAUGUGGCUUUACCAGAAGAGAUAUUUUUCAUAAUUUCUAUCACUGGGGUUUUAGAAAACCUCAUCAUAAUCCUGGCUGUGAUCAAGAAUAAGAAUCUCCAGUUCCCCAUGUACUUUUUCAUCUGUAGUUUGGCCAUUUCUGACAUGUUAGGCAGCCUGUAUAAGAUCUUGGAAAGUAUCCUGAUAAUGUUCAGAAACAUGGGAUAUUUCAAGCCUCAUGGCAGUUUUGAAACCACAACAGAUGACAUCAUUGAUACCAUGUUCAUCCUCUCUUUGCUUGGCUCCAUCUUUAGCCUAUUGGCAAUUGCUGUUGACCGUUACAUCACCAUCUUCCAUGCCCUACAGUACCACAGCAUUGUGACCAUGCACCGCACAAUUGCUGUCCUGUCAAUCAUCUGGACCUUUUGCAUUGGGAGUGGUAUUACCAUGGUGCUCUUCUCCCAUCAUGUCCCCACAGUGCUCACCUUCACAUCACUGUUCCCACUGAUGCUGGUCUUUAUCCUCUGCCUCUAUGUACACAUGUUUUUGAUGGCUCGUUCUCAUGCCAGGAAUAUCUCUACCCUUCCCAGAGGCAACAUGAGAGGAGCCAUUACCCUGACUAUUCUUCUGGGAGUCUUCAUCUUUUGUUGGGCUCCUUUUAUCCUUCAUAUCCUCUUAGUUACUUUCUGUCCCAACAACCCUUACUGUACCUGCUACAUAUCCCUUUUUCAUGUUAAUGGCAUGCUGAUCAUGUGCAAUGCAGUCAUUGACCCCUUCAUCUAUGCCUUCCGGAGUCCAGAGCUCAGAAGUGCAUUCAGAAGAAUGAUAUCCUACAGCAAGUGCCUGUAGAAUCACUGCUCCUGAUUUAAAGAUCCACUAGGAUAAUAUCAUCAAAAGAUAGACCAUGUCAUAAGACAGAAUAACAUAACAUACUGUUACAGAUUUGAGGGUGUAACAGUGUCUACACCCUCAGAGUCUCCUAAAAGUGGUUUCUGGAUUAUUUCCAUUUCAAGCAAAGAAUUGAACAAAACAAGAAAAAACCAUGGUAAUAUUUCUCAGUUAUUUGAGAUAGGAAAAAUUAAAUGUGAAGAGUAAGGGAGAAACUGAGAUAGCUCGGACCCAGGAAUAAAAUCCAAGGAAGCAAGGAAUCAAGAAAUUUGGAGCAAAGGCUUUUAUUUCAGGCCUGGCGAUGCAGCCCCCUUAGGAUCAACCCAGAGACUGCAGCAGCAGAGACUGAAGAAAGGGAUUUUAAAAGCAAGAGAGAGAGAGAGAAAAAACCCUGCAGACCUGUUAAGCUGUUGACUUAGUCCUGACAGCCUCUGGAAACUGUAAAGCUGUCGACUUAGUUCUGAUAACAUCUGGAGCUUUUGGUGCAUUUCGUUACUCCCAUCCUGUGGAUAAACAUUAUCUCGGAAUAGCACAUCUGCAAUAACAUGCGGAGAAGAAAGUAGAAAGUUAAUUAUCUUGGGACAGCUCAUUAGCAAUAACAUGUAGAAGGGGGAGAAAGUUACAAGAAGCUGAAACUUAAGUUUUUACAAGGAUUAGAAACUUAACCCUAUCGGCACAUACAGAACAAGAGGAGGUGCAUUGGUUACAGUUAAGCCAUAACAAAACUAGCUCUGUAGAGUGAAAUUAGACUGAGU